UACUUCCAGAACUGAAAAGAUUACAGUCGAUAUUGGCGAUGAUGGUUUCUUAAAUAUAAGCGAGGAUGAAACAAAGGGUAAAAAAAUCUAUGCUCCAGAAUUUCAUUAUUUAUUGUUCGGAGGUUAUAUGUUGUUGCCUGUAGAAAUAAUUCAAGAAAAAGAACUAAGUCUAUAUUCUGAAGAUCAGGAAUCAAAUUUUGAAAUUUUGCUAGAAUGUUCUUCCAAAGGGAAAGGAAAACAUCCAAAUUUGAAUUCAGAAGAUCAGAGAAGAAACGCAGAUGCUCUAGGAUCUACUUCAAAUGAUUAUUCAGAAGAUCGGAGAAUAUACGCAGAUGCACUAGGAUCUACUUCAAAUGAUUAUUCAGAAGAUCAGAAAAUGUCCAUAGAAACAACUGUAUCUUCAAAAAGAAAUUUAGAUGUUGAUAUUUUGAGCUGA